UUCUCCGAGGGUCAUCCAUGGCGGACCCACCAUCUCUCCACAACUUCCUUCCUCGCCACCUUAGCUCCGGCUCCAAGCAACGACCCACCGCAGCAAACAAGAGGCACUCGACGUCUUCCUACGCCCUCGCCGGAAGAAUGGGAGUGUCGCCGCCGUCGCCGAGUCACCACAGAAUAUUCUCAUGCCAGUACUGUCCUCGCAAGUUCUACACAUCUCAAGCCCUCGGCGGUCACCAAAACGCCCACAAACGUGAGCGCGCCGCCGCUCGCCGCAACCUCGGCAUCAGCACGCCAUCUGUUCCCUCCGACCGUCGCAGCGGCAUCUACAACGCGAACGAAGACCACAAACCCAGCUUGGUUCAACCACUCACCUGCUUUUACCAUAACCCACAAGCUUUCUUAGGGAUGGGUUCGAACUCAGCGGCCAUGGCUGAUCACAGUGGGCCAUGGGAAGAGUUGGAUCAGCAUUCAAGGGUGGGUGAGUACUACACGGAAUCCCAACCUCCGAUGGGAGGAUCGAGUUGUCCAUACGGGUAUGGCUACGGGUACACAUUGUCGCAUGAUGAUCGUAUGGGUGAAGACGAAUCUCUGGAUCUCUCCCUUCGUUUAUGAAUGAAGCACUAGU